AUGGUCAAGAUCAGAAAAAGUGAGCGACUUCUGUUCACCUCAUGGAUCCUCUUCCCCUUCCCCGGUGUAUGAACUCUCACUCACUGACCCCGAUCGUCGUGCCUUCGCAACAGAGUCGAGCAAGCGAACGACGACCCACAUGAGGUCCAAGGUGGCCAAGAAGGUGUCCGAGUCGCACCGCAAGGCCAAGAAGACGGCCAAGAAGGACGUUACGUGGAAAUCGAGUAAGUUGGGAUGGAUCACGGCUAUUUGUGAAGACUACGACCUGGGGAUCCACGCGAUUCCGAACGGCCCGUCUUCGCAAUCAAGGAGCAGGAUCCGAAGUGUGAUGAGCCAAUGCAGGAUACUGCAGGAUACGACAUUCAAAUUAGAUUCAAGCUCGGCAUAUCGAGACCACGCACACUGACUAUCAUUCAUCUCUCGCCCCAUCUCAGACAAACCCAAGGAGCUCGGUAUUCCCAAUUCGUUCCCGUACAAGGACCAAUUACUCGCCGAAGCGGCUGCAGAGAAAGCUCAGGUAUGCAUACUUGCCUAUCUUUUGUUUUGAAAGAGGAAGAAGACUGACCUGUUCCCUCCUCUCUCGCACGGCGAAUCCUCGUUCCACUCCUCCCUCGACCCCCUGUCCUGCUCUACCCGCCCUCUCCCCACCUGUCAGGCCGAAGCUGAGAAACAAGCGCGACGAGAAGCCUCUCGAAACGGUACAUCCGCCACCUUAGCCUCAACAGCCGCUCUUGCCGCGGCCCUCGCCGCCGACUCUCAACGACUCGAAGAUGAAUCCGCCUUCUCAGACGAAGAGGAGGGCGAAGCUCAAGUCAACGACGCGAGUCUCAAGUUGCACGCCAAGAGUUUGAGGAAGGUGUUGGAGGCGAGUGAUGUGUUGAUUGAGGUCCUGGAUGCGAGGGAUCCGGUCGGGACGAGGUGUAGGGCUGUCGAGAGGGAGUUGAAAGGUUUGGAUGGGGGGAGGAAGAAGCUCGUGUUGGUGCUUAACAAGAUCGGUGAGUGGCUGUCGUUCAGGUCCUGAUCUACGGCAUGACCUUUAAUUCUGGAGUCUUGUCACACACAGAUCUUGUUCCCCCUCCCGUCGUGCAAGCCUGGCUCGCGUACCUGCGCACCCAAGCUCCCACAAUUCCUUUCAAAUCCUCUACGCAGCAACAACGCCAACACCUCUCCGCAUCCUCCGCCCACACACCCACGAACGCCUCGGGAUCCUCGACCAAGCCCUUGAUGGAAUUGAUCAAAGGCUUCCGCAUCAAUCCUACACCUUCCACUUCGACCGAACAAAAAGUGAAGCAUUCGUUGACGAUCGGAUUGAUUGGCCACCCGAACGUCGGCAAGAGUAGUUUGAUCAAUACGCUCAAGAGGAGUAAGGCGUGUUCCGUCGCGCCUACGCCUGGGUGGACCAAGGAGGUGCAGGAGGUCGUUUUGGAGAAGGGGAUCAGGGUGCUGGAUUGCCCUGGUGUGGUUGUGGAGGCGAGGGGUGAAGUCGAGGGUUCGUUGAGAGGUAUGGUCAAGGCGGAAGAUGUGCGAGAUCCUAAAGCACCUAGUGAGUUCAUACCUUGUUCAACCGAACCGCUUCCGUAGCAUCUGGUUCUGACCCUCGGUCUUUCUCUUCCCCAGUUGAAUUGAUCCUACAACGCUGCAAGAAGGAACACCUCCAAAUGCUCUACAACAUCCCCGCCUUCAUCGGCACCAAUGGCUUCUUACUCGAAGUCGCUCGCGCCAAGGGGCGUCUGCGCAAGGGCGGUGUACCUGAUAUCGAAGGGACAGCACGUUCAAUCCUUCAGGAUUGGGUCGCAGGGCGAAUCCCUUACUACACCUCCCCUCCUACCGUGCCGACUUCAUCGACGACGGUCGGCGUCACCCCCGUCGCGGCUGCAACAGAGUCGAUGGGAACGGUCACGGACACGGAUGUGAACCAAUCGACGCUGUUGACUGAAUUCGCGCCCGCGUUCGAUCUGGCCGCGUUGUUCGGUGAAGCGGAUGCCGUCGCGUUUGGUGAACAAGGGGCUGCUGGAUCGGCGGUCGUUGGGAAGGCGGUCAAGAUGGAGGGUAUGGAGGUGGAGACGGAGGACUCGAAUGUUGGGUGGGUGACGGGGGAGGUGAGUGAGGAUGAGGAGGAGGGUGGGAUCGAUGUGGAUGAUUUGUUGGAUGAUGAGGUGGAGCAAGUUGAUGAGGAAGGUGACGUCUCGAUGGACGUUCAGCCGACCAAGCCUUCGAACAAGAAGCAGGCACGUUCGAUGCCGACGAUCGUCUCCGUCGCUCCUGCGGUGUCGAACAAGCAGAAGAAUAGAUCGGUCACGUUCGAGCCUUCGGCCAACACGGUCAACACCAAAUCGAUCGUCGAGGAGACGCAAGGGAUCGGGUUGAACAAGGCCAAUGCGAAGAAGGCCAAGAAGGACAAGAAGAAGCUCAACAAGAUCAACAAGGAGGCGAGCGAGUUCGAGAGUCAAUUUGGCGAAGAGGCGGAUAUGGUUGGCAAUCAGCCGAAGAAGAGCAGGGUUGUGGCUGGGGGCGUGGUCGGGGAGGCGUAUUCGUUUGAAGAGUUCUUUGGGAAGAAGGAUGGCGAGAUUCUUCAGACUGAGGAGGAUGACGAAGAAGAGUUGUGA